UCACCUCUGUGUAUGUGUGUUGGACAUUCUUUCUGCACAAUGAAAUACUCGCUGGUCAUCGUGGGUUUGGCAGUGCUGGUUGCCACUGCUAUGGCUGCUCCUGGUGGUAUCGGCUAUGGUGGUGGAUAUGGCGGCUAUGGAGGCUUUGGUAGCUUCGGUGGUGGGAAUGGAGUCUUUGGCAGUGGAUAUGGUGGAUACGGAGGUGGAUAUGGUGCCUACGGAAGUGGAUAUGGUGCCUACGGUGGUGGAUACGGCGGUGGAUACGGCGGUGGAAGAGCGAUUGUCAACUUCAACCUAGGUCAUGGUGGUGGCUACGGAGGAUAUAAUUUAGAUCUGGGCUUCGGUCGUGGUGGAUACGGUGGCUAUGGUGGCUAUGGUGGCUAUGGUGGCUAUGGCGGCUAUGGUGGCUAUGGAAAAUAA